AUGGCUUCCAUAAUAGAAGAAGAUCUCUCCUGUUCUGUCUGCCAUGAAAUCUUCAAAGAUCCGGUUGUCCUGUCAUGUAGCCACAGCUUCUGCAAAGACUGUCUCCAGGACUGGUGGACAAGGACACAAAUACAAAAGUGUCCAGUUUGUAAGAGGAAGUCAUCAAGGAGUCAACCACCUCAUAACCUGGCAUUAAAGAACCUGUGUGAGACCUUCUUAUUGAAGAAAGAUCAGAGAGGUUCAGCAGGGUCUGAGACUCUCUGCAAUCUGCACUCUGGGAAACUCAAACUCUUCUGUCUUGACCAUCAGCAGCCAGUGUGUGUCAUUUGCAGAGAUUCAAAAACUCACCAUAACCACAGAUUCAGACCCAUCGAUGAAGUUGCAGAGGAUCACAAAAAGGAGCUCCAGAAAUCUCUGAAGCCCUUACGGGAGAAACUGAAGCUCUUUAAAGAAGUUAAAGGAAACUGUGAUCAAACAGCAGAGCACAUUAAGGUCCAGGCCGGACACACGGAGAAGCAGAUUAGGGAGCAGUUUAAGAAGCUUUACCGGUUUCUACAAGAGGAAGAGGAGGCCAGGAUCUGUGCUCUGAGGGAGGAAGAGGAGCAGAAGAGUCAGAGGAUGAAGGAGAAGAUUGAGGCUCUGAGCAGAGAGAUAGCAGCUCUUUCAGACACAGAGGAGAGGCUGAGAGCUGAAGACGUCUCUUUCCUGCAGAACUACAAGGCUGCAGUGGAGAGAGUCCAGCAGCCCCCGCUGGAUGAUCCACAGCUGAUCUCAGGAGCUCUGAUAGACGUGGCCAAACACCUGGGCAACCUGAGCUCCAACAUCUGGAACAAGAUGGCGGUGAUGGUCUCCUACACUCCUGUGAUUCUGGAUCCAAACUCUGCUCAUCCAGAACUCGUCCUGUCUGAAGAUCUGACCAGUGUGAGACGUGAAAAGAGACAGAAGCUUCCUGACAAUCCAGAGAGGUUUAAUGCCUUUCACCCUGUUCUGGGCUCUGAGGGCUUUGAUUCUGGGACUCACAGCUGGGACGUUGAGGUUGGAGACAGUGCAGCCUGGUUUCUGGGUGUAGCAGCAGAGUCUGUCGAGAGGAAAAGCACAACAUGGUCUGGAAUAUGGAGAAUAGGAUUCUUUAAUGGCAUCUAUAAAGCCUUCUCCCCGUCAGCCUCGCCAACUGUUCUCCGUAUCCAGAAGAAGCUCCAGAGGCUCCGAGUUGAUCUAGACAGGGACAGAGGAGAGCUGUCAUUCUCUGAUUUUUUUACUGAGAAGCUGUUUCCAUACAUUAGCAAUGGCGAUAAAUUCCCAAUCAUAAUUUUACCAUAUGAGGAUGAGGAUGACAAUUAUGACUAG